UCUUUUUGAGGCUCUAGAAUUCUCUGGCAUUUUCACUUCGACAUUAUAAAUACCCCUCGAAUUCUCCGUCCUCCAUAUCAUCAGCCAGCUCAAGCUCAAUACACGCUUUUCUGCUGAGUUCUUUGCCAGAAAAAAAACAAAAUCCUUUUGUAUAAUUGUAUUACUAUAAGCUCUUUCAGUUAUAUACCAUAGAUCAUAUAUAACAUCAAAGACAUCAUGGAUUUGAGGAACAUGGGUUUUAAUUCGCCACUCUUCUCGAUCCUCGAAGACAUGCUUGACUUCCCUGAGGAGCCCGACAACAAGUCUUCUCGAAACAAUCCUUCUCGGGCUUACGUUCGUGAUGCAAAAGCAAUGGCUGCAACACCGGCGGACGUGGUGGAGUACCCAAACUCCUACGUUUUCGUGGUGGAUAUGCCAGGAAUCAAGGCCAGUGAAAUCAAAGUGCAGGUGGAGGACAAUCACUUGUUGGUGGUGAGCGGGGAACGAAAGCGGGACAAAGACAAACAUGAUAAAGAUGCAGCGGGGGUCAAGUACCUGAUGAUGGAGAGGAGAGUUGGCAAGUUCAUGAGGAAAUUUUCACUCCCCGAAAAUGCCAAUUUGGAUAAGAUCUCCGCGCUCUGUCAGGAUGGUGUGCUGACUGUCACCGUAGAGAAGUUGCCUCCGCCGGAGCUCAAGAGGCUUAAGACGAUCGAUGUUAAGGUCGCUUAAUUAAAUCCAAUGACUGAUCACAACGAAAUUUGAACUUUUGAAAAUUGGUGUCUCAAGUUUGUGAAGAGUAAUGUUGUUAUAUGGAAUGCACUGUUUUUGAGUUUGGGCUCUGUUUGGGAAUUGAGGUUGGGUUCGUCUGAUCAGGUCUAUAAGGUGUGUCUAUAUAUAUAUAUAUAUAUAUAUUUGUAUUAGAUUAGAUUA